AUGUCGUACUACGACGUCAACGCCAUCCUGACAGACGCAGAGAAAGUCCCGUGCCGGUUCGAGCUCGACGUGCCGUACCUGGGCCACCUCGACAACUCGCCAGCCCUCCGGGCGGGCACCCAGCUCUCCCUGCCGCUGUGGCUGGCCGAGCUGCUGGCCCUCGUGUCGGCCGGCGAAGGCACGCGCGCCCCCCUGACGCUCAACCUGCCGCCCUGCCUUUCCGACCGGGUGCUUAACGCGCUCAAGGCGGACCCGCGGGCCGUAGCCCUGCGCGACCAGAGCGCCCACUUCUACGGCCUCGCCGUGCGCAUGCUCGACCUGUUCGAGGAGAAGGAGCUCGGGGCCGUCCUGCGGAGGACCUUUGUCGUGCGCGCCGGCGAGAUCGGCCUGCAUGCCCGCAGGGCGGACGAGGCCGUCGGUGGACGGGGCCAGGAGUUCCUGAGGGGCCUGGACGAGUGGGAGAGGAGCUUGUUCCGCAGGGGCCACGAGGGCGUCAGGGGCGCCAGGGAGUGGACGGAGAGGGUGAAGAAGAUGUGA